CCCAAGCUUUGUUAUCAAAUGGCCAAAUAUUAUAUUUUCCUAGUGAACCUUCUUCAACUUUAUAUACAUCGAAUGAUACAACAAUGACCAGCAUAUUAUCAUAUAAUAUUAUUGCUAAUUCAUGGAAACUUAUUAACACGACAGGUCAAGUACCUAGUAUACGUAGUGAUUACACAGCUGUUUCAAUAGUCUUAAAUACUUCGAAUUAUGCGUGGUCAACACCAUCGGAAGUAAACCCUGUUGGGCCAUUAACUUCACAUACAGCAACUAUGGUUAACAAUUAUAUGAUUGCAUCAUUUGGUAUAAAUGUGACAGAAAGAAAUUUUGAUAAACAAAAUAAUAAAAACGUUUAUAAAUUGGAUAUUUCGGAUCCAUUGACUUAUAAAUGGUCAUUAUUAUCCUAUUAUAAUGAUAGUUUGACUGUGUCAAUACCUAGUUUAAUACCAUUGCCGACACCGGGAAUAACUAACGACGCUAAAUCGACAUUUAAUAGUUCGUCGGAUAAUUCAUCUUCGAAUAAUUUGCCUAUUAUAAUUGGCAUUACCGCAGGAAUAUUAUUAAUUGUUAUUUUAUCUUUCGGUGGGUUUUUAUUGUAUAAGAGAAAUAGAGCAAAAACAAAAUAUAUUCCGACUCCUGGUAGCAAUCAAUUAUUGGAUCUUUAA